CCUGUUGUACCUUCGCAGAGUUUUUGUUUUUUUUUACCAAAAUGACCCUCCAAAUUCAGUAAUAUUACGAGAAUACCCUUCUUCCUUUCUUAGUACUACCACCUUUAUAUUCUUUUCGUGCUUAAAAAGUUCUUGAAAAUACCGGAACUGAAACAGAGCAAAGUAACAGUCGAGUGAGCAGUGUGUGUCAAUGGAGGGAGGCGCACAGUACAAUCCCCGCACCGUAGAGGAAGUUUUUAGGGAUUUUAAAGGCCGUCGAGCUGGCAUGAUCAAAGCCCUUACCACUGAUGUUGAGGAAUUUUAUCAGCAGUGUGACCCGGAAAAGGAAAAUCUCUGCCUUUAUGGAUUUCCAAGCGAGCAGUGGGAAGUCAAUUUGCCUGCUGAGGAAGUGCCUCCCGAGCUGCCAGAGCCAGCAUUAGGUAUAAACUUUGCUAGAGAUGGGAUGCAAGAAAAGGACUGGUUGGCUCUAGUUGCUGUCCAUAGUGAUGCAUGGCUACUAUCUGUUGCCUUCUAUUUUGGCGCCAGAUUUGGCUUUGAUAAAACCGACAGGAAACGUCUAUUCAACAUGAUAAAUGAUCUGCCAACAAUAUAUGAAGUUGUUACUGGAGUGGCCAAGAAGCAAGUAAAGGAUAGAUCAACAAUUUCAAAUCACAGCAGCAACAAGUCGAAGUCAAAUUCUAAAGCGGGUAAAUACUCAAAGACCCAUGUAAAAGAUGAGGAUGACGGAUUCGAUGAGGAAGAAGACGAGGAGCAUGGUGAUACUCUGUGCGGUGCAUGCGGUGAAAACUAUGCUUCAGAUGAAUUCUGGAUUUGCUGUGACAUAUGUGAGAGGUGGUUCCAUGGCAAGUGUGUGAAGAUCACCCCGGCGAGGGCUGAGCAUAUAAAGCAGUACAAAUGCCCUUCAUGCAGCAACAAGAGGUCACGCCCCUGACAUUCUGUAGGAUGUGUGCGAGUUCCACAACUUGUAAUUGUUCAUGUAGAACUCAGCUCUCUGCACAUAUCAGCAAGGCAUGUGUAUUCGGAGUUCUGGUCUCUAACCUUUGUUUAUCAGGAUGCUUUUUACUAGUUUAGUCCUCUUAAGGCACUCUUCUAUUCAACUCUAAACUAUUGGAUAUUUAGGGAUUUUAAUCUUAUGGGAUGCAUCUUUCAGUAUCAAUGCUAACUAAUACAGUUCAUGUGCAGUAUGUUGUUGCAGCUAUA